UUUCGCCAUGCCGACGAAAACGUGGUGUAUGAAAUAACUGCUGAAAAUAUUUUUUCUGUGAAAGGCAUCUUUCCCUACAGGACUCAUAUUGGUAAGAUCACCUGUAUGCUUUUGCUGUUAGCUGGUAUUUUAUAGUUUUGGAAAUGCCCCGUUGCUGUUAUGAAGUGUUGGGAGUCGAGAGGGACGCAGGCGACGAAGAGAUAAAGAAAUCCUACAGGAGACUUGCUUUAAAAUGGCAUCCCGAUAAAAACCGAGACAACAAUGAGGAGAGUACUCGAAUUUUCACAGAGAUCCAGCAAGCUUAUGAAGUUCUCAGUGACCCUCAAGAGCGAGCCUGGUACGAUAAACAUCGCGAACAGAUUAUCAGAGGUGGGGAUGAUUAUGUCGAUAACAGCGUUAAUUUGAUGAAGUACUUCAGCGCUUCUGUUUAUUGCGGUUACGGAGACGACGAGCAAGGAUUUUAUGCUGUCUAUUCCAAUGUUUUUAGAAUAAUAGCUAAAGAAGACGCUGAAUUCGCAACUGAUGAAGAUCUGGAAAUACCCGAGUUUGGAACAUCUUCGAGUGAUUACGAAGAAGUGGUGCAGCCCUUUUACGCUUUCUGGCAAAGUUACUCGACUCUAAAAUCCUACGUUUGGUUGGAGAAAUACAACAUCAGAGAGGCGCCCAACCGCAGAGUCCAGCGUCUGAUGGAGAAAGACAACAAGAAAAUCCGAGAUGCCGCCAAAAAGGAAAGAAACGAAGAAGUUCGCGCCUUGGUAAAGUUCGUCCGCAAAAGGGACAAGCGUGUGAAGGCAUACCUGGAGCUAUUGAAGGAGAAAGAUGAAGAAAGAAAGCGAUUAACGGAACAGAAGCGCCUCGAAGCUCUGCGGAAACGCGAGAAGAUGUUUGAAGAGUAUAAAGAAGAGAGCUGGGCAACACUGUCGGGACUCGAGGAGGACUUGGCUCAAAUGAACACUCAUUUGGACAGCGAAUUUGGCGAAGACAUUGAUGUCACUGAGAGCCAAUCAGAUGACGAGGAGGUGGAACAGUUUUAUUGUGUGGCUUGUGAUAAAGCUUUCAAAACAGAGAAGGCGCUAGUGAACCACGAGAAGUCAAGGAAACAUAAGGACAAGGUCGCUGCCAUCAAACGAGAAAUGGCUGAGAAUGAGCAAGUGGACGAUCAUGCGUCCAGCCACGUAGAAAAUGAUUUGGAUGAUAUAAAUGACGACGGACCAGAAGAAGAGUAUCUGAACAAGAGACAGUACAGCGUUGAUGAGGGUAGCACGGAUUUUGUGAGUAUUGGAGAAUUAAAUCUGAUGGACUCCGUGGAAUUGUCCACUAUGAGAAUCAAGGGCAACAAUCGCUAUAAAAUGAAGGUGCUGCACGAGAGGAAAAGAGCUUUGUCAGGAAUUGGAGAAGGGGACUUAGAGGGCAGUGAAGAAGUUGAUGAAGACUCAGAGAGUAAGGGAAACGAAGACGAUGACGAAGAAAGUACAGUCAGAGUAGAAAGGGAAAAACAAAUAAGCAACAGCGAUGAUAAACAAACUUUACUGAACGAAAUCCGGACAACAACAACUGACGUUGAUAGAGAGAAGGACGGAAACAAAGAGAACAUCACGGAAUUACAAGAAUCUGGCAGCGAUAUACAGUCGACUGGCGCUGUUUAUGACAACAAAAACUCGACGGAAAGAAAUAAAAAAUCGUGUGCAGCUAGCAAGGAACCGGCAACAAGCACAUUCAAGUGCAAUGUCUGCCAAGCGUCGUUUCCCACGAGAAACAAAAUGUUCCAACACAUAAAAGAACUCGGGCAUGCUCUUAAUGUGGACAAAAAUCACCAAGAAGACGAUACACAACGCCAGGGAAAGAAGAAAGGCAGAAAGAAGCGCUAAAUGCGAAAUUAUUGACAGAACAAUCAUCGAAAAGUAUGCCAAUUUGAAAUUCAUGUUAUAAUCUUCAUGUCGGAGAGCUGAUGUCGUACAGAUACAUACCUGUAAAGGUUGAAUGCGUGCCAACAAAUAUGCAGAAUAAUAUAUAAAAAUGAAAUUGGCGCAGAUAUUUGUCGCAGUGUAGAAAAAUACGAUGUUGAAUCUUUUUAUUGACUUUAGCUGCCAUGUUUUAGCUGUUUUAUCUAUGAUAUAAACCCACACUAACAACUAAUAGUUCAAUGUUUAUUUACAGAUUUGAGUUGCUAAUCGACUAAAAUUCCCACACAGGUCAUUUGUCUACUCUGUAAACACUUGCCGUGUUCAUUUGUGACGCAAGCAAGGCUUAGAAAUAGCGGAAUCCGGCCACCCGCGCGAAUCUAAUUGUCUCUUGGACUAAUUGCGAAACUCGAUUGUUUUCGAGAUAUUCUACAACAACUCCGUUGUUUAAGUAUGUAUAUUUUUCAUUUAAUAAAUUAUUUAUAAGA